AUGUCUCAGGUGAUAGACAUUUUCACUUCAAAAGGGUUUACCGUGCAAGAGAUGGUGGCUCUAGCUGGUGGACACACAAUAGGAUUCUCUCACUGCAAACAGUUUAGCAAUAGGCUCUUCAACUUCAGCAAGACCUCUGAGACUGAUCCUAUUUACAACCCACAGUAUGCCGCAGGGCUAAAGAAACUCUGUCAAAAUUAUCAACAAGAUCCUUCCAUGUCAGCGUAUAACGACGUGAUGACACCUAACAAGUUUGAUAACAUGUAUUUUAAAAACUUGAAGAGAGGGUUAGGGCUUUUGGCUACAGAUAGUUUGAUGUUUGAGGAUAAGAGGACAAAACCCUUUGUGGAAUUGUAUGCUACAGACCAAACUAAGUUCUUUGAGGAUUUUGGUAAUGCUAUGCGCAAGGUUAGUGUUUUGCAUGUUAAGGCGGGGAAGGAAGGAGAGAUACGACAUAGGUGUGAUACUUUCAACAAACUUAAUGAUAAUCUAUGA